GCUGGGCGGCGCCGGCCAGGGGGCGGCGCGGCAGCCGCAGAGCGGAGCCCGGCGGGUCCCCCCGUGGCAGGCAGAGCCCAUGGCGGCCGCCCGGCUCCUCCCGCACGAGACUCAAGCCUGGCAGCUAAAGACAGAACUUCCAAUGUGAUUUAGAAAAAUCCGCGUUGGAGUGUAGAUACUGGCUGCUGCAGUCGGUGUGUGGGUCCGGCUACACGAGCAGCUGACACAGCGUAGAGAAGCUGUUUCAUAGCAGUUAAGUGGCGCUGUGCAGCAGCUGGAAGCCAUUUGUGUCCAAGUUCAGCCAGAACAGAUGAAGGAAACUGAAAGGCCAAUGCCAUCAUUGGCACCGAUCCAGCCCAAAACUAUAAUGCUGAGUCAGUCAGUUGGUAGAAAUCCUAGUGUACCAGGACUUGGCAUUAUUAAUCCCCAGAUAAUUAGGAUACAGCCUGUUACAGGAACCGAGCAACAGCAGCAGCCACUGUUCCUGCAUACUUCUGAGUCUCCGGUUCAGCUGCUUACACAGGGACCAUCACCACCUCAUGAAUUGGUGUCUAUGAACAAGGUUCCUACAUCUAAGAUGCUAAAUGGACGGAAAACUACACGUGUGGCAGGAUCGGCUACAAGGUCUCCAAAUAUUACCAUGGCUGCAGCUAGUUCAGCAGAUACUCCAAUGUCAUGCCUUGAAAAAAACCAAAAAGAUAACAAAUUAAAAAAAUCCUUGAAAGUGAAAACUCGCUCUGGACGGAUUUCACGACCGCCGACAUACAAAGCUAAAGAUUAUAAAUUUAUUAAGAUGGAGGAUUUGGCCGAUGGUCAUCAGUCUGAUUCUGACGACUACUCUGAGCUGAGUAUAGAAGAUGAUGAAGAAGGAAAGGUGAAGGGAAAGGAUGCAUUAUUCAGUUCUUCAACUUAUAACCCAAAACCCAAAAUGUUUAAAUGUCAGACUUGUGAAAAAUCCUACAUAGGAAAAGGAGGAUUAGCGAGACACUAUAAACUUAACCCAGGCCAUGGACAGCUGGAGUCUUUACCUCAAAAAAUACCUAUAAAUAAGCCUAAUGGAACUAUAUUUGUGGACAAUGCCUGUGGAAUAAGACAAGAAAAGACGAGUCCAGCACAUUUGGAUUCGGUUGCAGUCACUUUAAAUAAUGAAAAUGCACUAGCCACCAAUCUAGAAGACACUGUUGAUUCAAAGGCUGGAGAACAGAUUUGUAAGUCUGCAGAAAGCAGACACUUGUUGGCAGAACAACAAAAUGAAACCAGUUCAGGACGCCAGGGACCCAUCACACCGAAAGGACCUGGAAGACCCAGACGAUCAAAAAGACGUGGUCGACCAAGGAUGGGUGGAAGAUCUAGGUGUUCUGGAAGGCUUGGCAGACCUGGUCAGUCCCCUUCAAAGUCAGUUAGUAGUGUGUCAGCAGAACACAAUGUAUUCAGAAGAAAAGCUAGGUUAAAAGAGCUACUACAACAAUGUGAUAAUGAAGACUUAAUGGAGCUGGCUCUCCCACGUCUUACAAAGCUUGUUACAGUAUAUGAAUUUCUGUUGAUGAAGGUUGAAAAGGGGGAUCCAGCCAAAGCUUACUUCCCAGAUGUGUAUAGGGAAUUUGAAGUUUUGCAUAAUAUGGUAAAGAAAAUGGCGUAUGAUCACCUCAGUAAUUCUGAUUUGCAGAGUUGCCAGCAGCCUGUUGAAGUAAAAGAUGCCAAGGUUGCUGAAUCACUAGGAAUUGCAGAAAUACUGACUGGAGAACAAAAGGCGCAAGGUGUACACUCUUGUUCGCAAUCUAUAAUUAAAAUGGUUAGUGAGCAAAUGCCUGUGGAGACACUGGGACAAAAACGGGUAGCUGAGAGCUCAGGGGAGGAACUGUUGCCAUCAGCCAAAAGGACCAAGGUAGAAGAUGUCAUGAAGAAAAUGAAUAAUGCUUAUGCCAGUCAAGAUGAAGUGAAAGAAAAGAGUGGGAAUUUGUGUACGCUGUUUGAAAAAGAUGGUUUUAAUCCAUUAAAUGGAGAAAUCCUGCUUUCAGAAGAUAGAUGUAUCACUCGCUGCACAACUGGAAGCACAUUACUGACAGCAGAGGAAAAUAAUUCACUUCCUGAUUCAGGAGUUAGAAUCGAUGCUGAAAAUUCAGGUCUAUUCUCCCAGACUGUGAAGAUGAGGAUAGAGUAUUCCCAGCCUCGGAACACGCAGGGAACACAUACAGCUGGUGACACAUCUCUGCUACAGGCUGAAGUCGCAUUGCCUGUUGAAGCAGAUGGCUCACCUGAAGAAGUUCAAGCACACUUUGUGAGGGAGGUGACAACAGGUGGAGCGUCAGCUCCUGAACCUUGCAGCUCCGUGGCAGAGAAUGCAGCAGGCAGUCAGAGCGCUGACUUGCCGACAAGUGAAGAAAAUAGUCACAAUCAAAAAUAUCAGAACCUGCAAGAAGAAAACUGUAAUUUUGCAAUUAAAGAACAUUCUGAACAACUUCAUAAUGCUGAUGUGACUGAUGAGAUGCAGGAGCUUGAAAAAGUUUUUUCAGCAAAUGUUGUGCCAAUAAACUACCCGCACGGUGCUCAGGCCGAGUCACGCCAGACCUCUGCCCAUGAAGCCUCACUGUCUGCUCGUGGGAGCUGUGAAAACUCUCUUACGGACGUGAAUGGAUUUUCUUGUGGUACAGAGGAACAACAUGAGCUGGAGAAUACAGUUACUGUAGAUGGAACUGUAGCCUUUGAGAUUACUGAAGAGAGCCAUGAUUUUUUGUCUCAGGGACAUGAACAGAUUUUUAUUCAGACUUCAGAUGGGCUUAUCCUGUCUCAUCCAGAUCCUGCUGUUUUGUCUCAGGCAGAAGGCAUCGUUAUUGUAACCGAUUCCAAUGGUACUACAAUGCACAUUCGCACAUCUGAGGGGAUACCUUUGGAAACGGUGGAAGCACUACUGGCAAUGGAAGCAGAUGGCCAAAGUGAAGAUGUUUUGCUCUCGCAAAGUGAAUUGGAGCCAUAAAUUAGAAAACUGUACAUGCUUUCUUCUGGGAAAGACUGACUAUAAAAUGUAUAUUUUUCUAAUGUGAAUACUGAAAUCAUUGAAAUCUAACUUAUUUGUAAACUGUUUCUAUGCCCUGUACUUUUUAUAACUUAUGUUUAUAUAAAUCUAGCAGCAUUGCAACCAAAAAUUCUAGAAUUAACAUAGUUCUAUGUGCUUUAUAUGUUGGGAAGGUGGGUGGAAAGUAGAAAUCUGUCAACCCUAAAACUGUUGCACUAUUCCCUUUUGUUAUAUAAUUCCUUUUCUCUCUAGCCAUCUAAGAAUACAGUAAGUUGUAGUGCUGCUCAGCAGUGAUGUGCUGUGUACUGGCAAGCUGUAUAUGGGUAAAAUAAAAACUAUAUUAAAAAUGUGCAUUUUCCGUGCCAUUGAGAUUACAAAACACUUUGUUAUUGCACUUCCCUAAAGCUAGCUUGAAUAUUCAUUAGCAUCUAGACUUGGGGAAUAUAAAUCUGCCUGGAAAAAAUGGGCAGUUUGCACAACUGUGGAUUACAUUUCAUUCCGGGAACAAUGUGACAGCCUAGCUGAUCCUUACUUAAAUAAGCAUCCACUGAGUUAGAGACGAAAAUAGCCUCAAACAACAUCUGAUUUGUACUGAACUGUUCGAAAUGUCUUUAAGGAUGCUUGUCUAAUGUUCAGCCACGCCUUUAAAAACUGCUGUUAGUUAGGCAGAAAUGAGAAGGUAUGUAAGGAAUCAUCUGAUAUUUUCCUUAAUAAGAUACCAAAUAGUUUGGUUUUUUUUUUUUUAAUUCUAGUAUGUGAUGGUCUAUUUUUAAGACUUGUAUUAUACUUUUCGUCUUUCAAAUUAUGCAUCCUUUAUCAUUUCUAAGCUUUGACAUUCCCAGUAACUCCACGCUGCCCUGUACUAUUUAAUGAUAAAAAGGUAUCCUCGACUAUAAUCCUUGUUUCUCUUAUUAAUCUUUGUUUCUCUGUGCAGACAGAAAACUUGCCAAAUUACUUCUCUACUGCUACCUUGUAUUCUGUCAUACUUUAAGUAUGUUGCUUGGACAAUGAUAUUUUUGUAGCAACUUCCUAGAAGCUUCUUGUCCGAGGUACUGUCUUGUCUUUCCAGAAGCUUAGCAGGUGAAAAAGCCUUAAAUGACUAGCAUCUUUAUUUUGUUAAUGAGCUACUGCAGACGUACUGAACACUGGUGACCUACAUUUAAAAUGUGUGUGUCACUUCAUUGAUAAAUACAUGACACAAUUGGUCCAAUCAGCUGAAAGGAGAACUGUUCUUAAGUAGGAACAGUGAUUGUUCAUGGUCUUGUUACUGAGGAAAAACACUAAAAUUUAAUCUAAACAAUAUAAAAGACAACUUAAAAAUGAAAUAAUCUGCUUUACGGUAUCUCUUCAGCAUAGUUGGGUUUGGUUUUGUUUGAGCUUUUUUUGCUGUUCUUUUCUUGGUUGCCUACAUAGAAGAUUAAUUUGAUUAUAUUAUUAUAUUGAAGAUUGUUUUAUUAUAUUGAAGAUUAAUUUGAUUAGCCAGAACACUGCAUUUUAUGUGUGGAUGUGAAAUAUGUGACCAUGUGUUAGUGAGCUCCGUUCCAGUGGUUGGUGUAAUGUUUGUUCUUUUCUCCUCUUUUCAGGAGGUGGUGAUGGCCAGAGGAUACAGGCCUACCUUAUAAAUAAAGAU